AUGGCCAAUAUGGACAUCAGUGAGUUUCGUGAGUUCGGUAAAGCUGCAAUAGACUUUGUUGCUGAUUACCUGGAGAACAUCAGGGAGAGGGACGUUCUCCCAUCGGUGGAGCCUGGAUAUCUGCACGACCUCCUAGCUAAGGAAAUUCCGGAACACGGCCAGGAUUGGAGAUCGAUUAUGGAGGAAUUCAAGCGCACCAUCCUGCCAGGUCUGACACAUUGGCAGUCACCUAACUUCCACGCGUUCUAUCCUUCGCAAACGUCCUACUCGUCCAUAGUGGGCGAGACUAUUGCAGCUGGACUCGGAGUCGUUGGGUUUAGCUGGAUUUGCAGUCCUGCAUGCACUGAAUUGGAAGUCAUCAUGAUGAACUGGAUUGGACAGCUUCUAAAUCUCCCGAAAUGUUUUCUUAAUAGCGAUGAAGGAAACGGUGGUGGAGUUAUUCAGGGUUCAGCUAGUGAGUCAACUUUCGUAGCGGUUCUCGUUGCUCGGGAACAAGCAGUUCGCAGACUAACACUAGAACAUCCGGAAUUAACAGAGGCGGAAAUUCGAGGCCGAUUGGUUGCCUAUACCAGUGAUCAAAGUAACAGUUCGGUGGAAAAAUCCGGAAUAUUGGGCGCAAUUAAAAUGAGAUUAUUGCCGGCAGACGACGAUUGCGUUUUGAGAGGAAAAACCUUGAUCAAUGCCGUCGAAGAAGAUAAAGCAAAUGGUUUAUUCCCUGUUAUCAUGGUGGGAACACUUGGAACAACCGGUACAUGUGCCUAUGACAAUUUGGAAGAGAUCGGUCCGUAUUGCAAUGAAAACAAAAUAUGGCUUCAUAUAGAUGCAGCUUAUGCAGGGGCUUCUUUUUGUCUUCCGGAAUAUGCGUGGAUCAAAAAAGGAUUGGAAACUGCGGACUCAGUUAUAUUUAAUUUACACAAGUGGCUCUUUGUAAAUUUCGAUUGUUGUGCUAUGUGGUUUAAAGAUGCGGGAAAGAUCACCGAAGCGUUCAGCGUAGAUCGUAUCUAUUUACAGCACAAGUAUCAGGGUCAAAGUAGAGCACCAGAUUACCGUCACUGGCAGAUCCAACUCGGCAGAAGAUUCCGUUCUCUAAAGGUAUGGAUCACUCUAAAAACCAUGGGCGCUGAAAAAAUUCGCAAUCUUAUACGAUUCCACAUAAGUUUGGCACAGAAAUUCGAGCAAUAUGUUCGUGCUGAUGAAAGGUUUGAAGUAACAUCGUCCACAUUGGCACUGAUCUGUUUCCGCCUGAAGGGCGAGGAUAGUCUCUCGAAACAGUUGUUGGAUAAUAUUACCAAACGUAAGAAAAUUUUCAUCAUCCCAGCCACCUACCAGGGUAAAUACAUUCUACGAUUCAUGAUCGCCGGACUCGAUCCACAACCGGAAGACAUCGAUUACGCUUGGAAUGAGGUGAAAACACAAACGGAUUUGUUGCUGGGAAUGGACAACAAUGGAAACACUGUUUCCAUUAAGGAUGUAGUGCAGCAAGAGAUGUUCGAAAAGGAGAAACCCAUCGAAAAAGUUUCGGAGCGCCUCAGUGGAAUGGUGCUAGCAAAUGAGAAAGCACAUUAA